AAAAUUCUAUUAUUUGCUAUGAUGGCGCGCUAAACAGUUAUUUUUUGCAUAGUAAAAUUUAUUUUAUGUUUGUAUUCAACAUUAUGGACAUUCAAAUAACAAAUACACGAAGAAAGAUAUUAAAUCAUGUAGUUUGUAGUAUUUUAGUAGAAUGUGGUUACGAUACUUGUGAAAAACAAGCAUUAGAAGUUCUCACAGAAAUGUUACAAUCUUUUAUCGUUGAAGUUGGAGAAUCAGCAAGAAAUUAUUGUGAACUUUCUGGUAGAACAGAACCACUCAUUGCAGACGUUAUAGUAGCAUUAAUAAAUAUGGGUAUAAAAUUAGAUAAUUUGGAAAGUUAUGGAAAGAGAGCUAAUAGAACAGUUUUACCACCACUUCAACAACAAACUCAAUCAAAGCAAUUAAAUAUUUUGCAAGCUGGAGUGAAACAAAGCCACCCAUCUCAUAUACCAAGUUAUUUACCACCUUUUCCUGAUCCACAUGCAUAUAUUAGAACUCCGACACAUAAGCAACCAGUCACGGAAUAUGAAGCAAUAAGAGAAAAAGCAGCAACACAAAAACGUGAUAUCGAAAGAGCUUUAACUAGAUUUAUUGCAAAAACUGGAGAAACUCAUAGUCUGUUUUUAACAGAAGAUAAUAGUAUGUUUCCAUUAAUAUCAUGUAAACCACAAUUUCCUAGUUAUCUUUCUGCAUUGCUUCCACAAGAUCAAAUAUUUGAGAUUGAUCAAGAUUUUCAAUUUGAACCAAGUCCAAUUAAAAAGAAAAAAGAACAAGAAACAGAAGAAUCGGAAGAAGGUAUAAAAGGACAAAAUGAAGAUAUUGAACAAAAUGGAGAAAUUACAACGCAACAAGAUGUUAUAGAUAAUCCUUAUUUAAGACCAGGAAAAAUACCAAAGAAUAAAAUACCAGGAGUUACAGCUCCUGGAUUACAUUUAAUGAAAAGGGAUUCUCUUGAAUGAUUAUAACAAUUGUAUUUUUUUGUUAAUUUUAUUAUUUUUUAGAUUAAUAUUGUGUAUAUAAUGCUUUUAUGAUACAAAAUGUAUUACACUAAUUUUUAUAUUCGUUUAUAUAAUAAAAAUUAAUCUUUAUUAUAAAUAA